AACAAGAUAGUGCUCAGACAGAUUCACCACAAAACAGAUGAUAAACUUUUUUUAUUGACAUACGAUUACACGUAUUUACUCAAACGUGUUCUGCGUAAGUUUUCCAAAGCAUGGUCAGUUCGGUUUUAGGUGUUUAUCGGGCUCGUUGUUUUCUAAGGCAAGCUAAUAUGAACGCAAGUUAGUUAGCUAAAGUUAGCGUCGCUGCUUUGUAAUGUAUGUAAACAGUAAUGUGGCUAGUGGUUAGCUAAAAACGUCCCUGAAAUAAGAGGAUAAGCGACUCAUCAAAGGAAACUGCUGUCCCAUUUAUACCAACAGGGAACCCUCUGCAGGCUUCGCAUCAUGUCUAUUGAUUUUGACAGUGCUGCCCUGCAAAUCCAGCAUGAUGAAGAAGAAGAGUAUGACCAGGAGGACUAUGCGAGAGAGCAAGAGCUGCACAAAUUGCUCACCGACCUGCCCGAUGACAUGCUGGAGGACAGUAUAGACUCCUCCUCCCCAGAGCUGGAGUACACUACCUGCACCAAUAAAAACACUGGCAACAGUCCACAUUCCACUUGGACCCAACAAAGGCCAACUUCUCAUGAACAGAACUGUGAACCUGACUAUGAUCAACGCUCCCAGGACGAGUACACCUAUCAGGAUGGAGCGGUUCAGAUCAAUGACCCUCAAACUCAGCCUCAACCUCAAACCUGGAACCAGGACCAUCAGUUCACCCAGGGGGAUUAUUCGUACACCAGCAUCGGCACCGAGAAAUCUACCAAUGAUUUCUCUGCAGAUGAGUAUGAGUCCAAACCAUAUCCUCCAGGCACUAAUAACCCUGUGGUGUUUAAUGGAGAGGCGGGACGCAGGGACGAUCAACAUUACGGAGUUCACAACGGCAUUAACCAUUUUCCUUCGGGGGCGUUGGACAGAGUGGAUCAUCACACGGCCAGCUACAAUCCUCACCAUCCUGCUCAUCAGCCAAAGAUGUUCAACACACAGGCCGUCCACCAAGAAGGUCAAUUUGAACAUCUGCAAAGAGAAUUCCUCGACUCUGCCCAGCAAACUGCUGAUAGGGAGCAGCUUGCCCAGGUGCAGAUUUUGAACAAAGCUCAGCAGAGGCAAAUUGAAGACUUGGAGCGAAAACUGGAGGAUUCAAGGCGUAACAUGAGAUAUAUCGAGCAUCAGUUUGCAAUUGCCAAAGAUGAAAAGGAUGGCCUAGCAGUAAGCCUGACGGAAUCGGGUCAACUGGUUGAAGAGGCCAAGGAGAGAGAGGUUCAAAUGCUGAAUACAUUUAGGGCAAUGGAGCAGCAAGUAAAGGUCCUCACUGAGAGAGACCAGGAGAACACGAGGAAGCAGAGAGUAGCAGAGGCUGCGUUGGACAGCAUGAAGCUCCAGAUGUUGGAGCUUUGUCGCUCUGACACUUUGUCCAAGACGCGGCAGCAGCACGACAGAGACCUCACCGUCAUGAAGGAGCAGCACGAGGCAGCGCUGCUCACACUACAGCAGAAACUAGAGUCUACCGCUCAGGUUCUGAACCAACAGAUUGAUGUUGAUCAGAGGUUACGGGAGCAUGUGAAGCAGCUGGAGCGCCAGAGAGAAGAGGAGCAGCUGGAGAGAGCCAGAGUGGUCAACGCGCUGACUCAGCGUCUGGAGGAGAGUCAGCAACAAUGUGCCAAGCUGCUGCAGACAGGCUCAGUGCAGGAGAUGAGUCAGAUACAAAUCAAACUACAACAGGCUCAAUCAACCAAAGCGCUGAGUGAAAACAUGAACACAGUCCUCCAGGAGGAUCUGGCGGAGUUAAAGGAGCAGAUCAUGAUUUAUGAAUCUGCUGUGAAGCACGGUGUUAUUGCGUUAGAGCAGAGCAGCGACUGGAACAACCAGCUGUCUGACUCCUGUGUAGAUUUAGGACUAAAGAAAGCAAACAGGAAGAACGGCUUGCUUCACAGCACCGCCCUGGCUCACCUGUCGGACUCCAAGCUGCCCAAAGAUGAAGCUAUGCGGCUGCUGCGGGGGGAGAUGCAGCGCUGCCUGGGGAGCCUGAAGGGGAAGCGGCAGAAGAUCAGUCAGCAGCAGGAGGAGCUACUCCUCUGUCAGGGCCGAGUGGGCGAGCUGCAGACCCAGCUAGAGGAAGCCAAACUCUGCUCUUCGUCCUGUGUUGCCCCAGCAAGCACAGACGAUGAGAAGGAGCCAGACAUGUCCAAGAGAUAA